GCCCCGCCAUCUAAAGUAAAACACACUUCAACAGUUAAACCUCCCUUUUCUAAGCACCAGCUGUUCGAAAAAUGUCCAACGAGGUCGAGUCUGCGCAGGUUAGCGACGCCAUGGAGGUGGCGCAACUUAGUAGCUUGGCUGCAGUGGACAGCCACGCCGGUUCUUGCGAGGCGGAGAUGCCGUCGCGACUUCUAAAUGACGCCGUUCGGUCAUUGCCUUAUCAUGUCGUCAAGGACCUUUUGUCUAUCGGGGUGUGUUCUAGAUGCGUUCUACGGAUAUUGGGUACCGAGGACCAUAUUUAUUGCCAUUCAUCGUUUUCACAAUCGAUGCUCUGUUCAGUUCUUGAAGAAGUGACUGGUUUUAAAUCAGAAGGCGAUUUUCAAUUCUGCAGCGUUUGCUUGGGUGUCUUACAGUUAAGUUACCGCGAUGACAAAGAAACGUUGGUGAAAAUGGAGAGUCCAAAUGAUAUGGCUUUAGUCAUUGCGGAGUUGGUUAAGAAAGAAGGCCAUCAAAUUGAUGGAUUUUCUCUAGAAGUUUCCAUACCACAAUUUAUCUUAGAAAAUGAAUCCUCUUUGUUGUCAGGUAUGAAGAAGAGAUAUGAAUCAGAGCCAUGGCUUCAAGAAAGGUUACUUUCCAAAUGCGUCUCUGUUAAGGAUGUUCUGAAAUUUGCUAUAACAAAACCCCUUGAAACGUUAUUGAAUACUAAAGCUAGUGCAAGCUCUUUUCGGAUCCGUUUGGCUUACACUCAUAAAAUGGCAUUUGGAAAUUCUGUUGAAAGGAAUCAGGGAUUCAAAAGGCGAAAAAUAGGCACUGAGAAUGGGUUGCAAAAUGUAAAUGAUGAGUCAGUAGUUGCCAACAAAGAUUGUUCUGAUUAUCCUACUAAUGAAACAAUUGCUGUCACUGGAAGAUCUUCUUUGAAAGUGCCCAUAGAUAAGGUUAGUGAACCUUGCCACUUGGUAUACCUUUGCUACAGGACGCAUAUUUACCUAUGUGGUAGAUAUCUGAAGUACUCAAGAAAUGUGAGCCAAACACGCUGGAUAAUUGAUGAGGAAAGGAUGGGAGAAGCUUCUGUUGAGGAGAUAAUAGGUAGCAACAUCCUUCCUAUGUAUCGGGGUGAUAAUUACAAGUUUCAUGCUGCUGGAAGAGAAGAUAUUGAUGUCCGAAUGUUGGGUUCAGGCAGGCCUUUUCUGCUUGAGAUACAAAAUGCACGCCAAGUUCCAUCCGAAGAGACUGUUAAGGAAAUUGAAUCAAAGAUAAAUGGCUUGGAGAAUAAACUAGUUGGAGUUAAAAAUCUUCAAGUAGUAGGCAGUCAAGGUUGGACACUGAUGCGUGAAGGAGAAGCCGAGAAGCAGAAGCAAUAUUGUGCAUUAGUGUGGAUUUCUCGUCCACUUGAGGAUGAAGAUGUGUGCUCCAUAUCAUUGCUUAAUGACAUGCAAAUUCUGCAAAAGACCCCAAUACGGGUGCUUCAUCGUAGGAGUCCAUUGGAACGCAAGAAAAUUAUACAUUGGAUGAAGAUUGAGAGGAUUGCUGAAAGCUCCCAAUAUUUUCUUUUGCAUCUCUGCACUCAGGCUGGAACUUAUAUCAAGGAAUUUGUUCAUGGUGAUUUUGGGCGCACUCAACCCAGUAUUGGAUCAAUCCUAGGAUGCAGAGCAGAGAUAUUGCAGCUCGAUGUUACAGACGUAAAAAUGGAUUCUUUCUGAGUGAAUGAGGCGUUAGUGUCCAAUGAUGCUACGCUACACAUCAAGUUUCUUUUUUGUAGUCUCUGAACUGACAGUGAGUGUAACUACUCUUUUUUCCUUUUCUUAAGUUUAGUUGUUAGCCUUUUGUUUUCUAUUUGAUUCCUUACAUUUUAACAAAUGAGAAACAUAGGUUAUUAUA